AUGGCCGAGACCUUUGCGGGACAUGGCCGCCGCGAGGUCGUCCAAGACGCCCUCUACAACGCGAUCCUGACCAAGGAGACGGUCAUGAUGGGCAUUCACGCGGUACCGAACGCGGCCAUGGCCGCGCCGAGCGCGAUCGCCGGCGCUUUCUCGAGCUGCUUUAGCCGCGCCCGGCGCAUGCAGUUUGACCAAGACCAGAAGCGGUCGCUUCUGAGCAACUUGUACCAUGACGAGGCGCGCGUCAACAUUCGCGACGCCGAAAUGGAGAACGCGGUCUUGGAGCUGCGCCGGCGGAUCCAAAAGAUGGAGUACGAGAAGCACCGGCGCAUGGAGCUCGACCAAGAGCUCGGCUUGGCCAAGAAGUCAGGGGUCGGAGACGAACCCGUCGACAUGAACCCAGCGACCGACCCCGAGUUUACGCCGCUCAAAGUAUCGGACAUCCGCAAGAUGUCGGUCGACGAGCUCUUGAGCAUGGACGAGGCAAGUUCGGUGGUGCCCCAAGACUUGACAGGGUCGUCGGCGUUGGCGCGUCUAGAUUUGGAUGGCAACUACCUUGACCUCGUCAGCGCGGCGACAACGGCCAACCUCGUAGCACCUGCCACGUCGUCGCUCGAAGGCAGUCGCUUGCGCAAAUGGCUGUCGGAAGUCGACACGAACAAGAGCAUCGAGUACACGUCGUACGCGUCGAGCUUUGAGAAGCAUGGGUUCCAGACGCUCAAGGAUCUUGCGCAGCUGGACGAAGAGGACGUCGAGCAAGCGCUCACCGAGAUUGGCAUCACCAAGUUUGCCCACCGCGCGCGCCUUCGCAAGGCGAUUCUGCGCCUCGGCGCGACCCCGUAG